GGUGGUCUUUGUGGUGCAUUGGCAGCUGGCGCAGGGCGGCUCACGCACACGGCUCUGCCCCGGCUCCCGCGCUCCGCCAGCAGCCGCAGACGCCCCGCAGCCGCCGCCGCCUGCCCACGCCUCCGGCACCCCACGGCCACGGUCCCCGCCGGCCCAUGAAGUGAUUCAGGCAGGUGGCACAGCCCCUGCUCCUGCCAUAGCUGCCACCACACCAGGCACUGAGGUCUGCUGGCCAUGGGCAACCUGAUAAAGGUAUUGGGCAAAGAUUUAGAAAACUGUCCUCAUUUUUUCCUGGAUUUUGAAAGUUUCACAUGGGGAACCUUCUUAAAGUGUUGACUUAUAACGAACUUGACCAAGGCCCUAAUUUUUUCCUUGACUUUGAAAAUGCGCAGCCGACGGAGGCCGAGACCGCGGUGUGGAACCAGGUGAACGCCGUGCUGGAGGAGGCGCAGGCAGUGCUGGCCGAGCUGCAGUCGUACACGGGCGCCGGGCAGGAGAUCCGAGAGGCCAUCCAGAACCCCGGGGAUCUGCGGCUGCAGGAGAGGGCUUGGAGCGCCGUCUGCCCGCUGGUCGCCAAGCUGAAGCGUUUCUACGAGUUCUCCCUGCGGCUGGAGAAUGCCCUGAGGAGCUUGCUGGAGGCCCUCACCAGCCCCCCAUAUGCCCCGACCCAGCACCUCGAGCGGGAGCAAGCCUUGGCCAAGCAGUUUGCUGAGAUUCUCCACUUCACCCUCAGCUUUGAUGAGCUCAAGAUGACCAACCCUGCCAUCCAGAACGACUUCAGCUACUACAGGAGGACCAUCAGCAGGAACCGCAUCAACAACCUGCAGCUGGAUGCAGAGAGCGAGGUGAACAAUGAGAUGGCCAACAGGAUGUCUCUCUUCUACGCCGAGGCCACCCCCAUGCUCAAAACUCUCAGCAACGCCACCACCAAGUUCGUGUCAGAGAACAAGACCCUCCCGAUCGAGGACACCACCGACUGCCUGAGCACCAUGGCCUGCGUCUGCAGGGUGAUGCUGGAGACCCCGGAGUACCGGAGCCGCUUCACCAACACCGAGACUCUCCUCUUCUGCAUGCGGGUGAUGGUCGGCGUCAUCAUCCUCUACGACCACGUCCACCCCGUGGGGGCCUUUGCAAAGACCUCCAAGAUCGAUAUGAAAGGCUGCAUCAAAGUCCUGAAAGACCAACCCUCGACCAGCACCGAGGGGCUCCUGAACGCUCUGAGGUACACCACCCGGCACCUCAACGACGACACCACCUCCAAACAGAUCCGGGCCCUGCUGCAGUGAGCUGGGGGCGGCCCCGGCUCGUCCCCGUUGUCACCUCCGCCCAUGCCCACACUGCUCAUUUUGUACAGAGGGGGAAAGGGACAAGAAGAAAGGCACAGAAAUACACAAAACAACCGUGACAGGGGCCU